UUCAAUCAGUUGCAUUAUCACGAAUGUUUCAGGUUUGGGAUGAUUGGUCAAGGGCACAAGUGUCAGCCAAAUUGAAUGGUCUCGAUGAGGGAUCAAUUUUUUUGGCGGUCCAAGUUGCAAGAAUAUUUUAGUUUUGUCUAUCUCUUCCCACCAAUAUAAAUACCUCCAUAUCCUUCCUAAGCUUUCAUCCUCAAGGACCUACCAGUUCUUCCCCACCUCUCUUUUCCCAAGUAAAAACCUUAAUUCAUCAGUGCACUUGAGUACUAAUGGAGUCUUCAGAGACUCUGAGAAACAAGUGCGCUGCAUGUUACAGACAGUUCAACAGAAAGGAGCAUCUAGUUGAACAUAUGAGAACAUCAUAUCACUCGGUUCAUGAACCAACCUGUGGAAUUUGCAGGAAACAUUGCCGCUCUUUCGAUUCCCUCAGGGAGCACCUCAUAGGGCCAUUGCCAAAGGUAGAAUGUGAAAGGAUAUUCAAGGAAAGAGGAUGUGACCUGUGCUUAAGCAUCUUUAGCAGCCGUGGCACUCUUAGUGCUCAUCGAGAGACUUGCCAGCUCUCCCGCAGAAAUGCUGGCCUACUUCAUCACAUGGCUAACUUGAGCAUUCAGGACCAGUUGAAGACUGACAUCAGUGGAACAAAGGUGGUGGCACUUGCUUGCAAAAUGGUUGGAGGUGGCAGCGAUGGAUCUUUGGAUCUUUGUGCAAGGGUUUGCCUCAUUGACGACCAUGAGAAUGUCAUCUUUCACACCUUUGUCAAGCCUCACAUCCCUGUCACCAACUAUAGAUUUGACACAACCGGAAUAAGACCAGAAUUCUUAAGAGACGCAAUGCCACUGAGACAGGUGUCAAGGAUUAUCCAAGACUUUUUAUGCAAUGGUGAACCAAUUUGGAAAAUCCGAUCAAGGGGAGGAAGGGCAAGGAUUCUUGUGGGUCAUGGCCUGGAUCAUGAGCUUAAAUGUUUAGACCUAGAAUACCCAGCAAUAAUGAUCAGAAACACGGCAAAAUAUCCUCCGUUGAUGAAAACAAGCAAACUCAGCAACUCUCUGAAGUACCUAACAAAAGCCUACCUUGGGUAUGACAUUCAAACUGGUAUACAAGAUCCUUAUGAUGACUGUGUUGCUACUAUGAGGCUUUACAAGAGAAUGAGAUCCCAAGUUCAUAAAAUGGAGGAGUACCCUCUUGCUACUGACCCUCAAAAUAGAAACAAUUUUGCACAAUGGAGGCAAAGUGAACUUGAGAGGAUGACCCCAGAAGAACUAUUUGACCUAUCGAGGUCUGACUACUAUUGUUUUUGCCUGGAUACCAAAGAAAAUGCCUAACUACAGAUGAAGACAUUCAUUUCUUUGAGGAGCAAGGAGAUGCUGAUGAGGAUGAUAGCCGCAACAGUCAUAGGCUCAUAGCUAAGUUAUGGUUUGAGAAACAAUAAAUUAAAACAUUAACGGUUGUCAUUUCUAUUAUAUGAUAUCAUUUAUGUGAAAUAAAAUCAUGUA